AUGAACUGUGUAACUGAGGUUAACUCCAUAAUAGCAAGCCUAAUAAAAGCAGCGUUCCUGUAUUCAAACCCGCAAACUAAAAUCCGAGGAAUAAACCUGGACACCCAACUACCAAAAAAUCUGCCAUCAGUCAUUGAGAUCAAGCGAGUGAUACCAAGCCACUGUUUUGUGCCGAGCACCUGCCGAUCUCUUUUGUACGCCCUGAAGGAUGUGGUGCAGAUAUUAUUUGCCUGGGUGCUGUUGUGGUACCUCCUACCCCUGACCAAUUGGAUUGCGUUGAAGGUUUUGAUGAUUUUCGUCUACUGGGGUAUUCAGGGGACUUUUUUCAUGGGCCUGUUUGUGAUGGGGCAUGAUUGCGGGCAUGGGUCGUUCUCCAAGUAUCGUCUGCUUAAUGAUGUCGUAGGGACCAUCAGCCACGCUUUCCUGUUCGUCCCUUACUACCAGUGGAAGCUCACCCAUCAGAACCACCACAAAUUCACCGGGAAUAUGGACAAGGAUGAGGUCUUCUACCCAGCCCGAGCUUCGCAGAAGCCGAGCAUCAACAGCGUCCUCCCUGGCUUUGGCUACGGAAUCGGUUGGUUCACGUACCUCUUCAUUGGCUACUUUCCACGAAGGGUCAGCCAUUUCAAUUUGUUUGACGAGAUGUUCAGGGGCCACGAAGUUGCUUGCACCCUCUCGUUGCUCACUUACGGGAUGAACGGGACUCUCUGCUACUGGUUUUAUUUGAGUUACGGAUUCAAGAUUCUCUUCGUUUUCUACCUAGCACCGCUUUUCAUUUAUGGGAGUUAUAUGGUUAUCGUUACCUUUUUGCACCACAGUGAAGUCAAUAUUCCUUGGUAUGCUGAUCAAAACUGGAACUACGUAAAAGGUCAACUCUCAACCAUUGACCGUAACUACGGGCUGGUCCACCACGCAAUCCACUGCAUAGGCACCCACCAAAUGCACCACAUGUUCACCAAAAUACCCCACUACCACCUCGAGGAGGCCACCAGACAUUUUAGGAGUGCUUUCCCGGAGUUAGUGAAAUCCUGCGACGAGCCCAUACUUUCGUCAUUCGUACGCAUGUUCAAGAAGUACAAUCAGCAGCAGGUGGUCGCUGAUAACGCGUUAGAGGUUUAUUACAAAUAA